AUGUCCCCUAUCAACAUCUCUGACGUGCUCAACGUGCGGCGCCGGCUUGAACGAUAUACCCAUGGUCAGCAUCUCACUCCUCGUCACGCGGACACGGACCGAACGCAUAGGAACCGGCGUAAUCAUGACUCCCAUGAUAGGGAAAGAAGAAGGCGUUCCUUGGACAGAGGGUAUCGAUCUGAUAAUGAUUCCUCCAGACAUCGCGACGAGAAGAGGGAAACCCGUCGUCGUGCAGAGUCGUCGCGUCGCGCACAUCACAAGGACUUCGAGGAUCGCCGCCAAUCUGAUUAUUAUGAAAGGGAUUAUGAAUUAGGAAAAUAUGCAAACAGUCCAUACACCCCGGAGGGCGAAGCUGCGCCACGAGAAGGAGCACGUGUCAAGCAAACCUCAAAGCUAACGGAGAAGGUCGCCUAUAAUACCAAUGACGAGCUACAUGCAUUUCAGCAAGAUUCUAUGGGGAACCUUUCGCGAACGCAAGAGAUGCGCAUUGAACCACCAGUAGCGGUUGAGCCUACGCCGUCUCCACAAAAUGAGUAUCUACGCAAACCUAAAGGCGGUCACUCCAGCCAUGACGUUGGAGUGGAAUGUAGUGAUGAUUUUGCUGUUGAGACGCGGCGGAGACGAAAUGACAGGCCACUUUCGACCGUUACAAUGCCUCCAAGCCCACACAUAUUUACUUCCGGUUUCUCGGAGUCGGGAUCAACACCUGGAGAAAGCCCAUUAUCGGCGUCGAAUAUCGAUCAACCCAACGUCGACAGGCCCUCAAACGCCCCGGUUCCACGUAUAUUUGUGCCUCGUGAUUCGAACGGGAUUAGCUUGGAGUCUCCUCCUGCACGGUUCGGCAGCUUUAGAGUCACAACCAGGGGGUCUACGGAAAGCUACAUACAGGGAACGGGACCACCACAAGCCUCUAGAGACUCAUUGCCUUCACCCAUCUCAUCUCCACGCUCAAGCAUGAUUGGUGCCGCAUCCUAUCAGUAUCUCCCAUUGGCAGAAGCGGAGUUCAGACUGGUCAGAGUACUGCCGGAGAGGAUGUCUACGGUGAAAUGUGAGAUUUUCCACAAAUCUUUCAACGACUCGGUGAAAUAUACUGCUGUAUCAUAUGCAUGGGGCGACAGCGUGGAGAGGAAGCCACUCAUGCUAGAAGAAACGAUAAUUAUGGUAGCAACGAGUCUUUAUGAUGCCCUAGAAUCGGUCCGUCAGAAACACCAGGAUGUUCUGGUUUGGAUUGAUGCUUUGUCCAUCGAUCAGGAAAAUGAGUUUGAGAGAGCAAAACAGGUGGGUCUCAUGGGACAGAUAUACAGCCAAGCGGAGACUGUCGCCGUUUGCCUAGGUCCAGAGGCAGACGACAGUCCCGCGGCCAUGAAGUUGCUGGAUAAGUUAGCCAACAAAACUAUGUCUCCUCAAAGCAUUCGAUCACGAGAAGAUGCUCGGGGCUCCGCGGCGUUGGCUGCCCUCUUUAAAAGACAAUAUUGGAAGAGGCUAUGGGUGGUGCAAGAAGUAUUUCUAGCUUCUAAGAAGAUGGUGUACUGCGGCGAUGCUGUCUUCCCUUGGGAAGUCUACCAACAGGCUGCAGACGCAUUUUGGGGUGGCGAUAGUGACCUUCAUGUUCGCGAAGGACCGUCUAGCUUCCCAGAUAUUAACAAGCUUCUGCAGCUGGGUGACGAGUCGCUCCUUGAAGUCAUGCGCGCAUGCAGGAGGAAGCUCAGCGAGAACCCCCGCGACAAAGUUUUUGGCAUUCUGGGUUUGUUACCAGCUGCCACACAACGUGAAUUGCGGGUGGACUACAGCCAACCGACCAAAGGUGUUUACACCGAUGUUGUGGACCUCUUGCUAUCUACGACAGGCCGGAUCGAUGUGAUCCGCGAAUCAAUACAUUUCCCCCUCCACACCGGCACUACUGGACUGCCUAGUUGGUGCCCAGAUUGUAUAGGGUCUCAUAUUCCUGAUGUAUCUGGCCUUGGUCCUAGCUUCAAUUUCAAUGCCUCAGGGUCGACGAAAGCGCUAUACCGGUUUCGAAACCAUAGAAGAACGCUUGAGAUAUCCGCGAUCAAGCUCGAUUUCAUCAGGGCGACAGGCAUCGCAGUUGGGACAUUUUGCAAGGCCCAAGACUACCUUAUAGCCUUUCUGCAUUGGCGGGCGUUGCUGCUCCAUGAAAUGAAUAUCAGAGAUGGAGACUUGCAUCAUCCUUUGCACAAAGCAUUCUGCAGAACACUGUGUCUUGGCCAGAUUCCCGAAGACCAACAACGGCAGCAGCAAUGGCAUGAUAUUUGUUAUCAUGUCUUCUCCUUCUUAAUUCGUGAGAGGCUGCCUCGUCUCGCGAUAGAUGAGGACCUGUGGUCAUACGCGGAUGCCCCUGUACCUUUCAAGCAUGGUGCGCAGCGGAAAGUUCUGCAGGCUGAUUUCGGGAAUCGUAUGAUGGGUCGACGAUUCUGCAUCACGAAGCAGGGAAUGAUCUGUAUGGGCUCCGGGUAUAUGACGCAUGGGGACAUUGUCGUUGUGCCACUUGGAUGUUCGACACCGAUCCUGCUUCGCCCAGUGGGGCAGCGAAACGAGUAUGUUUACGUUGGAGACAUCUACGUCGAUGGUUACAUGCACGGGGAGGCUGUUCGAGAGAUGGAGACCGGGAAGCCAAGCCGAUCAGUAUCGAAGUACAUUCUCUCUUGA